AUGAGGUACUAUCACGAUCAGCCUGCUUACCUUCCCACGGACAGCCAAUUGAAAAUUACCUAUGGAAUUGCAGUGACUGAGCAGAUAACCUGUCCUAAAGCCUGCAUACCAGUAUGGCCCGAUCGUGAGGCUGCGGACGACGGGGGCGUCGCUGAUAAACUCUACAACGCUUGGGCAGAGAAGACGAUCAAUGAGAUGAUCUUCCAUCAGAAUGCAGCACGUGAAACCGGCCAGACAUACUCGGCUGUUGCCCAAACAAAGCUCGAAUUUGACUCAAAGAAGCGUCGGACGCAUGCGAAAGGGCUCUACAAUGUCAUGCCUGGCUUUCAACCUCAGACCAAGCGUGGAUCAGACGCCGUUGACUUCACCAAUGCACCCUAUCCCGACAACCAACUCGCUCAUUUGGUACAUUUUCCGCAAUUCCAGGCAAACGGUCAGCAACCUCGAUGGAACGUCAUCAUCCACCCCAUCCCCUGGGGAUGUGGUCGUCACAAUGAGGCAAAGUGCAUGCUAGGCCACACCGGCGUCAACGCCCCCCAAUGCCCCUACCUGCUCGCUAAACGUCUUCCCCGCGACCUGGAGGAUGAUAGAGCGUCUCAAUUACUCCGCGAUUUCUCGCCAAUUGCCCGCGGCGGAGCAGUCAACAUCCCGCAACAGGGAUACGAGAUGCAAUGCACUCGUACAGCAGUCGCUAAGCAGGACCGUGCUGGAAAUUUGGGGCUACUCAAGCUGUCGGUGCCCUACCUCAAUGAUGUUUUUAGUGAACAUGUCUUCCCGCCAAACCCUGUGCCUAGACAGAUCUGGAGCGGAAGUGGCACGGCCACGGUGGAGGCUUUCUUGCCGUGGACCUAUCACUCGAACCACGACCCUCUGGCGCCCCCUCCCCCACCCCCACCCCCUAUGAUGGCACCCGUUUAUGGGCCGAUGCCGGGGGCCUUCCAGCCCAUUGGGGUGUGGUAUGGGCCGGGGGUAGCCCCUCCCAUGUGGUAG